GAGGUGGCCGGGCUGAGGGGGCAGUAUCGGGAGCCCAGCAUGGAAGCGGAGCCGAUCCGAGCGAAGCCGCUGUGGCGCCGAGUGGAGGACCCUGUGAGCCACUGCCUGGACGGCGAGAGCCUGCUGCUCACAGGCUUUCCGGGGACCGGCAAGACUAAUCUGGCCAAGAAGAUCGUCGAGGCCCUCCGAGAGCAUGGGGACACGGUGCACAUCAUCACCAAAACCCAUGCAGCCGUGCAGAACGUCGGCUUGGGGGCGCAGACGGCCGACCACUGGGUGCGACGGAAUGUGAGGAGCGGGCACUGCAACGCCACCUGGCUGGUCAUAGAAGAGCUGACGCAGCUCGACACUCCUUUGUGGGCCGACAUCGCCUGCCUGUGCAUGAACAAGAAGAUUCGCUUGCUGCUGCUAGGGGACUUCCGGCAGCUGCCCGUCCCGCUGCCCGAAGCGGCGCGGGAGGCCCGGCAGCGCUUGCCGAGGCGGGGGGAGCCCGACGUGAGCCUCGUCAUAUCCCACGCGAAGUGGCUGCAGAUCAACGAACGGGAGAAUCGCAGGCUUGCACCCGCCGAUGCCCUGGUGGUGCAGUACGAGGCUCGCGGCGCGGUGCCGACGAACGCGCCGCAGACCAUGAGGGUCUGGCCGGGGCUGCGACUGAUCGGGGCCGGCGGCGAGGUGCAGAAGGGCACCUUCCUGACCGUGAAGUGGAGAGCGGCCAGUCCUUCACGGGGACUGACUCUGAGGGGACGGGUCUGGCUCUACGAUGUGGAGGGCCCGCACUUCACGCUCAAGCACCUCUACAUGGGGUGCUCCCGGGCCACCAAUUCGGAGCUGCUGAGCGAUGCCAAACCGGGCGAGACCCGGGAUCAAACCGGGCGACACCCGGAAUGGAACCGGGAGAGACCCGGGAUCAAACCGGGCGACACCCGGAAUGGAACCGGGCACACCCGGGAUGGAACCGGGCGACACCCGGGAUGGAACCGGGCGCAGACUUUGAGCUUGAUGAAGGAAUUCCCUCGCGUGGAGGUCUUGAGACAGGAGACGAAGCGGCUCUCCGUGUCCUGCGUGGUCAGGCGUUCAACAAAACUGCUCGGGGCCUUCGUCACCUUCCGGGACACCGCCAGCCUGCUCGGCGAGUGCUCCAAUUUCGAGCACCCCGGCGACGGGGACCAGUUCUCGGCGAACUCCCUGGAGUCCCAGAUGCAGCUGGGCAGUCUCCAGUACCCCCGCUACCCUAUGGCCAGCGACGCGGAGCACUUCCACUUCAUGGACAUCCUCGCCGGGACCUACGACACGUCCAUUAAAAACGUCAGGAUCUCCGACAACCAGUGGAACAAUAACCAGUUCCUGUGCGCAUUCCCCGUCGAGCGCUGCUGA